GGUCAAAAUGUCAUCGACUGAUCCAGUAUUUCACAUGUCACAGGGAUUAAUGGUCCUCCCCUACCACAACCCCCCAGGCUUACCCGCAGCAACCAGGAGUGGAUUUCAAAUAGGGUUAUUGAAAGAUGUGGGUGCAGCGGCCCAGGGAUAAGAAGAUUAAAAAGAAUUAACGUCAUUCUUCUGUCAUUAUAGAAAUAAAUUGAGUUUCGGUUUAAUCGGAAAACAAAUCAUGUUACACAAACAAUGAGAGGAAUACCCAGCGGGACCGCCACACUCAGCUUCUCAUUCUGAACCUCGGGGACGGGGAGUAUGAUGGAGAAAACCUGCACUGCCAAACCGGGGAAUACUGGGCUGAGGAAAAUACUGCAAGAAUAAAGAGGACUGUUGAAAACUGUGCUGAAAAAAAAUGAAGUAAAACUGAGAUGGCGAGAGCGUUACUCAGAGCUAGCAGUCCAACGGUUUGUGAAUAUUUAGUGAAGUUGCCUGUUUCGAAUGAGGUGAGAGGAAUAUCGCCGUGUCACUCGCUGUCCUCUGCCUUGUUGUGAGCACCAUGCCGUUCGCUUUUAAACUGUUUCUCCUGACCUGGCUUUGGCCAAUAGCUCUGCUGAAUGGAAGUAACUUCCCAGACAGUAAGAAACAAACUGAGGUGCCUCUGAACGACCACAGGAAACAGGGCAGCCGGCCAGAGUUUCGGAUGAAAAAAUCAGACAGCACUAAAUCAACGCUGAUAAAAUCAGAGCAGCUUCUUCGCAUCGAGGAGCACGACUUCGCAAUGAGGCCCGGAUUCGGAAGCAGUGCUAUUCCAGUUGGGAUUGAUGUCCAGGUGGAGAGUAUAGACAGCAUUUCAGAAGUCAAUAUGGACUUCACGAUGACCUUGUACCUCAGACAUUACUGGAAGGACGAGCGCCUGUCCUUUCCCAGCACCAGCAAUAAGAGCCGGACCUUUGAUGGGAGGCUGGUGAAGAAGAUCUGGGUUCCUGAUGUCUUCUUUGUGCAUUCGAAGAGGUCCUUCAUCCAUGACACCACCAUGGAGAACAUCAUGUUGAGAGUCUAUCCAGAUGGCAAUAUUCUGUACAGCGUCAGGAUCACUGUGACAGCUCUGUGCUCCAUGGAUUUCAGUAGAUUCCCUCUGGACAAGCAGAACUGUUCUCUAGAGCUUGAGAGCUAUGCGUACAAUGAAAAGGAUCUGAUGCUCUACUGGAAGAACGGGAAUGAUUCUUUGGGGACAGAGGAGAUUCUGCUGUCCCAGUUCUUCAUUGAACAAUUCAAUCCUUUCAAUGGGCUUGCUUUCUACAGCAGCACUGGGUGGUACAACCGGCUGUAUAUAAACUUCAUACUCAGGAGGCAUAUAUUCUUCUUUAUGCUGCAGACAUACUUCCCGACCAUGUUAAUGGUGAUGUUGUCCUGGGUUUCUUUCUGGAUUGACAGGAGAGCUGUUCCAGCCAGGGUGUCACUAGGAAUAACCACGGUUCUGACGAUGACCACUAUAAUCACAGGCGUGUCAGCCUCCAUGCCGCAGGUCUCCUAUGUGAAGGCUGUGGAUAUCUACCUGUGGACCAGCUUCCUCUUCGUCUUCCUCUCCGUCAUCGAGUACGCAGCCGUCAACUACCUGACCACCAUCGAGGAGAUGAAGAAGCUGAAAAGCAAGAAGAUUCCAGUGACCUACGAUACCACGCAAGCCAUGGCGUUUGACGGGUGUUUCCACGACAACGACAUUGACCUGACGGCCUUCUCUUCCAUCCCUAUGAACCCCGAGGGGCGCCCCCCUCCGCGGAGGAACACUGCAGUCAACCUCCCGAGCGAGGGCCAUCGCCUGCGCAGAACGAGAUCGCUGAAGCGCAGCGUCGAAUACAUCAUCAACAACAGCCACAUCAUCGAUUCCUAUUCCAGGAUUCUCUUUCCGUUUGCUUACGUUCUCUUCAACAUCAUCUACUGGAGUCUGUAUUCAUAGCUGUCACUGCCAGCCAGCAUUACUCUUCAUAAACUCAAGACUGGAUUAUAGUACGAAAACACUUUCUACAAAUUCCACUUGCACAUGUUAAUAUGUAUCCAAUUCCAAAUAAAUGUAUAAUUGUA